ACUUUGAAAAUGCUCUCUUUCCAGCGUCCCAAGAAGGAGAUCUCGCCCCAAGCUCCGUCUGAGGCCCAAGUUCAGACCUGGCCCCUUCACAACCGAACCUACAACCACAACCACAACUACGAGCACAACCACAACCAAUACCACAGCUCCCCUUCUGGAAGUUGAAGAGCCUACAACCACAAGCCCAGUGGCAGAAGAUAUCGAGACCACCCCAGCGGCUGUAGCUCCUCCCCCUCCUCCCCCCCCGGCUCCUUCCACUGAGGAUGAGGUCAUGACAACUAUUGCUCCAUUACCAGUGAUCACUGAAGCCACGACAACUGCACCUCCCCCACCUCUCACUCCCGAAACCACAACUACUACUACAACUACAAGUACGACUACAACCACAACCACAACUACAACCACAACACCGCCUCCCCCACCCCCUCCCCCAGUCACAGAAGCCGAGACCUCCUCCCUGAUCCCUGAGGAUUUAGCAGUCACUGAGAGCUUAAGGCAAACAAGGAGAGGGUCUUCAAGAUAUAAGGCACCACAGCCUCCUUCCCAUCCAAUUGUUGAAACCACCACAGCAUCAUCUGUUGACAUAUUUGCUCCACCUCUGUCAGAAUCGGGAGAGACAAGCAGUUCCCUUCACUCUGAUUCUGCCAACCAUGCCUCUGUGGGAGGACCAAAUACUGAGACAACACAAAGACCUCUUACAGCAAUGGAAAUCUGGCAGCUGGCUAUUGAUAAGGAACUGGAAGCCAGGGCAAAAGAGGAAGAAGCUCGGGCAGAAGAGCUCAAGCGGAGAGAACUCGAACUUCAGGCUCGCGCAAGGGAAGAAGAGGCACGCGCAGAAGAACUGAAGCGCAGGGAGCUGGAGCUGCAGGCAAGAGAGAGAGAAGAGGUGGCAAGAGCUGAGGAGCUCAAGCGAAGGGAGUUAGAGCUCCAAGCCAGGGCCAGGGAAGAGGUGGCACGUGAAGAGGAGCUCAAGAGGAGAGUGUUAGAGCUUCAGGCCCGAGCAAGAGAAGAGGAGCGUCGUGAAGAGGACCUGAAGCAGAGGAAACUUGAACUCCAUGCCAGAGCUCUGGAAGAAGUAGCACGUGAAGAGGAACUGAAACGGAGGGAGCUGGAACUCCACACGAGAGCUUUAGAGGAAGUGGCACGUGAAGAGGAAAUGAAGAGGAGGGAGCUUGAACUACUGGCCAGAGAAGAUGUGUCACCACAUGAAGAAGUAGUCAAGGAAACAGAACCUGAUCACAGAGAAAGCUCACUUUUAGUCAGCUCAAGAAAUGACAAGGUCUCCCCUGAGCACGAACCAGUGCAAACAACAGAAGAACCUAUAAAUGAAAAUGACCGUGUGCAGAGAGCAAGGAGCAGGGCAAACAAUUUCAGAAGACGUGUUAGACCUGGAGGAAGAGCUUAUGAAGAUAUUACUAGGCAAUAAUAAAAAAAAUUAAAACACUGUCAAUACAUAUAUAAAUGAAUAAAUAAAUAAAUGCAUAUAUAUAUAUAUAUAUAUA